AUGAGCUCGAGGUAUCCAGGAUUUGGUAGUAGACAGGAUGACAAUGAAAGUAAAGAAGACUUCGUCACUAUUGGUACUCAUUUCGAUCCAGCCGAACCAACAAAUAGUACAUCCAUUGUCGCUACGCUAGGCAGAAAAGCUUCGAAACUCGUGGAUCUAUCCUCGUCAACCUAUGGUUAUGAUGGAAAACGUUUUCAUGGUGCAUUUACCGGUGGUUUUAAUGCGGGUUUCUAUAACACUGUGGGAUCUGUUGAAGGAUGGAGACCAAGCGAAUUCAAGUCAUCACGAGCAGAUCGUGCUGAGAAACGAAGCUACGAACCCGAAGAUUUCAUGGACAAAGGAGAUUUCAGUGAACAUGGUAUCAAUCCGAAGCAGAUCAAAAUUCGUAAUACGUUCGAUCACAAUGAAGCUUUGACACGUAGUACGCAUAAACAACCAUCUGGAAGUUCAAAUCAACGAAGUAAUGAAGAUAUACUACGUGAUAUGAUUCAAAUAAAAUCAUUAUCAAUUGGAAAGAAGAUUCUCAUGAGUAUGGGCUGGAAACCAGGCGAGGGUGUAGGUGCGAAGAUGUUUCGAAAACAACGACAGAAGUUGAAAUGGUCUUUAACGCAAGAAACACCCAAAGAAUUACCACCGUCACCUCCACGUGCCGAUCAACAAGAAACAAGCGGUGCAAAAGUUUAUGGUGUAGCUAUGCCACCACCAUCUUUUCAACAAACACUAACGAAAACCUCCCGACUUGAUGAUGAUGACGAUGAGUAUUUCGAUAAUCAAAUUUAUGCGAAUGUUAGUCUACCACCUUUGGACUAUGAAGUUCAUUUUCAAUUACAAAAGCAUGAUCAUCAUGGUCUUGGCUAUAAAGGAUUAGAAUCUCUGAAUGCAUUCACUCACACAAAUUUAUUUGUGCAGCCAUCCGUUGAGAAACAGAUUAACAAUGUAAAAAUUCGCGGCCAAGCAUUUGGCGUUGGUAUGGAUGAAGACGAAGACGAUCGGGAUCUUUUCGCGCAAGAUGAUCUCAAACAAUAUGAUUACGAAUUGACUUCGGGAAAUGAUAAUACAACAGAUAUUAUGCGACUGAAAACACAAGAGAAUAGUUUCGAAUUGAAGUUUGUUCGUUACGAAUCUAUGUCAAUGCCAGUCUUUUAUACAGCACCUCCAAUACCUACAACUUUUAAAGUUGGACAUCGUUUUCCUAAAUCCGCUAUGCCACUACCGCCUACUUCUAUACCUUCAUCGGUUGAUAAGCUGAACCAGGAACCAUCAAAACAGUCAUCGAUCCAACACGAUGCCAACACACGUGGUCUUCUUCUUGGCGAUCUCUCAUUUUUGUCUCGACCGCCACCAAAUGUAAAUACUCCACCAGCUGUUGUUUCUCCACCAAAAGUAGAAGAGCAGACAAAGCCAGCGCCGGUACCAACGCCAGCCACAUCACUUGAAUGGGAUAUUGAAAAAGAACGUUCUGCGCAUAGUACUCCUGUGCCAGUGAAUAACGCCCGAACACAAUUUCUCGAUGCAGUUAAAAACCGUUUCACUUCAUCUUCAGGUGGUCAAAAUAUCGUUGAACAGCAAUCGAUGGAAGAAUCUCUCGCAAACGAUUUGAAGCAAGCUGUUUCAUUAAACCUUUAUGGAGACUUAACUCGAUCUGUCCGUGAAUGGAAACCUAAUCCACUGCUAUGUAAACGUAUGAACAUUCCAAAUCCAUUUCCAGAUGAUGCAUAUGAAGAUACAAAAGAAUCGAAGAAAUCCCGACGACAAUUGUGCUCGAAUCUUUUCGAACAUCUUUUUACAACAUCAACGAAUGACCCGAUUCCACCUCCACCGUCGAUUACUCUUUCGAACGACGUCAUCCAGAUGCCAUUGCCACCAUCAUCAGCAGUAACACCAUCAAUUAUUCUACCACCAAAGCCGCCUACACAUAAACCAGAAUCUGCUCCGAUCGAAUCAUUCCAAGAGGAAGUGCGAGAACGACCACCUUUAGAUUUCUUCUCAGCAAUUUUUGAUAAUCAAGAUUCGGAAGACGAAGAUGCGGAUGAACCAGACGUUGAAGAAAAAAAGACUGAUGAGGGAUCAAAACCUACGAAUACCAAAAGUUCCAUACAAUUAGGUCCUUCAAACGCCACAAUUCCUCCAGCAUCUUUCAAUCGGCAGCAAAGUCGCGAUGACGACGAUUCGGACAGUUCCGAUUCUAGCAUCGAAGAGAUUGAAAUUCCAGGUAAACCAUCCCUUGCUUAUGGACCUGUCAUUCCUACUAAUCUGCCAAGUCGCAACACGUCAACCAGUGAUAAAACAAUAUGGGACAAAUUAGCUGAUCCGAAUGUCAAAUUCGAAGAAUUGAAACAUAGAAAAAAGCAGAAGAAAAAGAAGAAACAUCAUAAAAAGCACAAAAGUGCGCGUUUACUUUACCAAAUCAAAGGAAUGACAGGACAACAGGUCUCAUACGAAUGGUUUGAUUCGAGGGACUCACUAACUAAACUCAUCGAGAAGAUUCCAAAUCCAUUUGAACGGCGACAGUUUGCGUUUCAAGUUUUGCCAGAAGAAAAAGAUCCAAUGAGUCGGGCAAAAGCCUAUUCAUUCAUUAUGCCAACAUUGAAAACUCGCCUUCAACAAUUACUAACAACACGUCUAUGGGAAUAUCUGAUGUUUUUGCUGUCUAUUUGGUCAUUUAUUCCUCUACUACUUGAACAUCAACUACCAGGAUUGAGAUUAUUUUUUGAAUUAACACACGAGAUUAGCAAAGCGGCAUUGUGUAUCGAAGUAGUCUGUAAAUUGUAUAUUGAUUAUCGUUGGUUUUUCUAUGAUUAUUGGAAUCUUUAUGAUUUAACCUGUGUCAUCCUUAACUCUCCAUUCGUCUACAAUCUCUUUCUACCUGUUCAUCUGGGUGUCCCUCAAAUGAACAGUGUUCAACGGCUUUUUCGUACAUUGCAUGCCAUUCGUUUGAUACGUAUUCAUUCGCUUCUGAGAUUCGUCGUGGAAACGAUUUUCAUUGCUCUAUCAAGCAUUUACAAUACCUUGUUAUUAGAAUUCGUCAUUGUAACAGUUUUUGCUCUACUAUCGAUUGCAUUCGAAGGUGAUACAUCGUUUUGGGAUGCGAAUAUCAAUGAACCCUAUGAAAACUAUACAGAAGCUCUCUAUUCUUAUUAUAUGUGCAUCACAUUGGAAGGUGUCAACGAAGUUGCGGAGGAAAUCUUAAAUCUCGAUUCACCUCAAUUCACAACAGUGAUUGGCUUAAUUUUUUACAUCUUUGCUGCAAUAGUCACCUAUAGUGUAGGGCAACUUCUCGCAGCUGUAAUUGCCACACAUCUCGGCAAUGCGAUGGAUAAGAUAACACGUGACAAAUCUUCGAUGAAUCGAGAUAAAUACAGUACCAAACUAGUUGGUCUACGUCGUCCGACAAUUAAAGAACGAGCCGAAGGUAAAUGUCGGUGUACUACAAGCGAACAAGUGCAUAAUUUUUCUCAAUUAAAACCUGAUGAUCUUGUAUUGUUGAUUGUACUUUUUCAAAAUCUUGAUAAGAAUCUGCUGGAAUACGAUCGUCUUCUUCGCGAUAUCCAUCAAAUCGGUGAGUUUAUCGCAGAUUACAAUCCGAGAACUUCUCGUCUGAAUUCAUCCGACAAUCAGCAAAUAUUUCUUAAAAAAAAUCGACUGAAGAUACUGAUGAACACGUUGAACAAAAUUCUGCAUCAUCUAACGAAUCAGGACGAAUUGUUGAGUCCCCUCGGUGAAUUUCUCUCAAAUGAGAUUCACAAGACACAUCACUAUCAAGACGAUAUUCAGAAGAUUUUCGCGAAUAUCGAAGAUGAAAUAACAAAAAUUGAAAAUAUUCUUCGGAAAUCAUCUCCAAAUACCGAACGAAAUCAACGGCAUCUUCUUAUUAUUGAUCGGCUGAAGGAAAAAUUUUAUGAAAAAAAUCAUGCUUUCGAUUGA